AGCAAGAAUUGUAAUUCUAGAGAUCUUAUCUAUACCGUACAGAGCUAUAGAAACUUCAUUCCUUUCUGUGUUUCUUUCUCUUUUAGUGUGUCAUUUGUCUUGGGACUAAAUUAUGAUCACCCUUUUGUUGCUGCGGAAGAAGCUCAGCUAACUAUGAAAUUUAGAGAAAAAAUAAAAAAAAUCAUUCUCCUAAUUGCCAUGAGACUUGUUAUGGUGGUGCUUCUAAAGGGCAAUUUGUGGUCUAGAAGGCGAUACUAAUCGAACUAAGCCACUUUUCAUUGAUCUUAUUAUUUUCGUCCAUUUCCUCCUGCUCGAGGACAAUACUGUGGGCCUGUGGCUCGCUAUAAAUGAAACCGCUUUUGCAAGUUUCAACUCAUUCGUGAAAUAGGACUUGAGCAUGAAAUCUUAGAUCUUGUGGGUUCUAGCUUCUUUUCCUUCAUCCGGAAUCUGAAUAAUGUAUAUGGAGGAAUGAAAUCUUAUAUGGGAUCUGGAUAGUGAAUAGCGCUCAUUUAGGAUUCAUAUAGUCAGCUUAUGCAUCUUUUAUUCACCCCCAGUAUCCUUUCUUUUAAAGGUCCUAAUCUCUUUUUCUCAAUAGAUAUGAUCUUGAACUUUAUUCUCUACUGAUGUAUGUAAUUGUAUUCCGCUAAUGCCUGAAAACCUAGCACUUGAUCUACUGCCUUAUGAGUUAUUUUGGGACCACAGGCAGCUUUAACAUUCCUCCAUGUUUACAAGAUGUUUGUGCUUCGGUUCACCCAAAGCACUUGCUAAAAUUUUGUCUUCGCAGCUUCAGGUCUUUACUUUAAGUGCUUACUGCUAUUGGAGAGCAACAUUUUGCAUCAUGGAGAGGUUGCCCCGGAUAAGGCAACAAAAUUCUGUGGGGAAUGAUGCAGUCACAUUCUUCAUCCGGAGCUAAUGUUCCAAAGAGAGGGAAUGUCACAAAACUCUCAUUAACUUGUGGAUUGUGUCCUUAACUUUCUUGAAGGCACUUUCUCACCAUAUUUACAUAAUUGAGAAUGUGGAUGCAGGACGAGUUAACAGACUAUGAGAGGGAGGAAAUAGAUUAUGCAAUUGCCCUUUCGCUUUCAGAAGAAAAUCAGAAAGGUAAAAAUUUCAUUGAUGAUAUAUAUCAAUCCAAAUACGAACAAGCUUCUAAAGUUCAGUUGGGGGAGGAUGAACUAUUGGCCAUAGCUCUCCAAGAAAGUUUAUACGUAGAAGAUCCAUCUAAACACAGUACUGGAAAUUCACUUCAACUUCAUCCAAUUUCAUCUUCAGGCUCAAGAAUCUGUGCAGGUUGCAAGAAUCAGAUUGGUCAGGAAGAUUCCCAGAGUUGCAUGGGAGCUGAUUGGCAUCCGAAUUGCUUUCGCUGCUAUGCAUGUGGUCUUCCAAUUGCUGAUAAGUUUUCAGAGUUUGGGGACCACCCCUAUCAUGAAUCAUGCUACAGAGCAAACCAUCAUUCAAGAUGUUACAUUUGCAAGAAUUGUCUGCCGGUAAAUGAAGAAGGUCUGGAGUUCAAGGUUCAUCCUGUCUGGAUGCAAAUGUAUUGCCCAUCACAUGAGCAAGAUGGGACUCCUAGAUGUUGUAGUUGUGACCGGAUGGAACCAAGAGACAGGAGCUACUUGUUGCUGGAUGAUGGUCGAAAGCUGUGUCGAGAUUGUCGAGACUCUGCCAUUAUGAAUACCCAUGAGUGUCAACCUCUAUAUCUCGAAAUACAAGGAUUCUAUGAGAGUAUGAAUAUGAAAGUGGACCAGCAUAUUCCACUAUCUUUGGUGGCAAGACAAGCUCUGAAUGAAGCAAUGGAUGGAGAAACAAAUGGACACCAUCACUCUCAUGAAACUAGAGGACUAUGCAUACCGGAAGGACGGAGUGUUCCCACUGUUACGCUAAGGCCAAGAAUUGGAGUAGGCAGCGACUAUAUCAAUAUGGUAACUGAACCUCAUAAGCUGUUUCAUUCACCCAACGUGAAUGCAAUCCUCAUUUUGUAUGGUCUCCCUAGGCUGUUGACAGGCUCAAACCUUGCUCAUGAGAUGAUGCAUGCUUGGCUUCUACUUGAAGGUUAUCCUAAACUUAGUCCAGAGGUUGAAGAAGGAAUUUGUCAAGUUUUGGCAUAUAUGUGGUUGAAUUCUGAGAUCUAUUCAAGCUCCACAAAUGAUGUUUCGUCAUCCUCAUUGCCGUCAUCUUCCUCUUCGGCCACGACAUCAAAGAAGGGCAAAUGGUCAGACUUUGAGAUACGACUUGGCAAGUAUUUUAAGCAUCAAAUUGAGACUAAUCCUUUACCGGCCUAUGGAGAGGGAUUUAGGUUAGGAAACAAGGCAGUGGAGAAGCAUGGCCUUAGGAAAACUCUCGAUCACAUUCGACUGACGGGGACCUACCCACUGUGACUUACAAAGUGGCCGUCCAGGGAACUUUGGUUUUCAGUGAUUAGUCGCCUUGCAUUAGCAACAUAAUACAGCACGAGCAAGAGCAUCAGUAGAUCUUAUGAAUAUAUCAACAAUGAGCUUGACGUUUAUCUAGCGCAUGUUGGAACCAGAGGUAUAGUAAAGACAUGAUACUUUACUUUGUAAAGUAACAGAAACGGUGUUGGGGAAGUGCAUAAGUACAUGGUUGUACGAAUUUUCAGCUGCAUGUAACAGUGGGUUCAUCACGAGUAACUGAUUGAAAUGCCAAUGUAUCUCAUCUUACAGAGUUGCGACAUCAGUUCUAGAGGAAUUAAUAUACUGUUGCAAUGUCAGUUCUGCUGAUGUAGAGAUUGAGGGAUUAUGAACAAUCAAACUCCAGCCCCUGGAGUUUACAACAGGACUAAGGAUAAAAAUUUCAGCUGAUUAUCUGCCAUUGGAGCACUAUGGGAACCGGCAGUUUUUUUUCA